CGUACACACAUUCUCUCUCUAAAUCAAUCUUCUCACGGCUAGCCAUUACAUACUCAGCUCGAUCGAUCAUGGGAAGAAUCACAACCCUACGAGAUCUCAUCGGAGCGGUCAAAGACAAAGCCUCCAAGUCCAAAGCCGCCAUAGUCUCCAAAAGGGGAAACCUCUCCCUCCACCUAGCAGUCCUACGCGUCACCUCCCACUCGCCCAACGCGCCGCCAGAUGACCACCACCUCUCCACUCUACUCUCCCUCGCCGAACGCUCCCGAGCCGCCGCGUCCACCCUCGCGUCCGCCCUCAUGGACCGCCUGCACCACACCGGCGACUGCUCCGUCGCCCUGAAGUGCCUCCUCGUGAUCCACCACGUCAUCAAACGCGGGCCCUUCGUCCUCCGGGACCAGCUCGCCGCCGGCCGGAGCAACCUCAAACUCUCCUCCUUCCGCGACGGCGCCACCCCUGCCACGUGGAUGCUAUCUGCGUGGGUCAGAUUCUAUGCUCGAUACCUCGAAACCGCACUCCUCGCUUCAAUCCGGGUUGUCCCGAACGGGGAUUCAAUCCGAGACUUAGAUUCGAUGAUCGGAGUAAUCGAGGAGAUGUGUGAAGCGCCGGAUUCCCUCCUCGUGGAAGGCAACGAACUGUUGUACGAGGUAAUGGGGAUGUUAUCCGAGGACUACUUUUCUUUAGUGAAAGAAUUACUGCCGAGACUCGUCGAGCUUGGGGAGAGACUCGGUCAGCUGAGUUUUGCUGACUCGGUCGAGUUGGCUUGUUGUCUGAGGAGGCUGGAAGAUCGUCAAGGGAGAUUAUCUGGCUUGUUCUUGACGGCCGUUACAAAGCCGUCAGUUCGGACUUUGUGGGGCUUGGUGGGACAAGUAAAGGAGAGAAUAGAGACGUUGAAGGAUAGUGGAGCGCAAAAGAUGCUGACUUUUAGUUUUAGCAAGAAAAGUGAGUCGGCUCGGUUUAGUCACCGAGUCUCUAGCUUACACAACUCGAUCAUGUUUCCUUCGGGGAAGUACCGUGAUAACACGACGGAAGUGGUAAUUUUAAGGUAGAUAUGGAAGGGAAAAGGUUGUUUUGAAAAAUUAAGAUUUAUAAAAUACAUCUAUAUAUAAAUUUUGAUAUUAAUGAUCAAAAUCUUAUAUUGGAUAUCGUAAAAAAAAUAAAAUUUAAUCGAGAAUUUUAAAUCUGAACGAAUGGUGUACUACUCAUAUAUACGAAGUAAUAGAAUCAAUAAUAACAUUAAAAUAAGUGAAUGCGA